UGGUUAUCAAGGCAACCCUUACCUCCCUAAUGGAUGCCAAGACAUCAACGAGUGUGCAAGUCAAAAAGGGAAGCAUUCAUGUCCCAAUGAUGCUCGCUGCAUAAAUACUCCUGGCAGUUUCCUUUGUGACCCAAAUGAUGUGAAACUUAUGCUGACUAUACAACUCUUCUUAGGUAUUGUAUAACUCUCUUCUUUGUCCUUUUUUUUGUUCUUAUUUUUCUUUUUGUUAAGUAAAUUAUGCUUUCCGUAACUUUUUGUUUGAGACAUAUUACUCCUUGAACUGUUAUACCUGACUAAGAACUUUAUACUUACAUUUGUUCUAGCUAACUGCUCUUUAAGAAUAUUAGAAGCUCAUUUAUCUUAAUCUAAGUUUUAAAAUUACAAAAGGGCCUGGAAAAUUAUGGAAGAAAAUAGGAGGAGCACUAGUUCAGGGUGUUCUAAAAAUGGAUUUAUGUUUCUUUUGUAUGAAAUUGGUUUUCUCACAAGCAGGUGUUGUAGCAGCAGUUACUUUUGUAAUCUUGAUAGCAGUUUGUCUUUGGCUAUGCAAAAGGCUUCAGAAGAGGGAAGAAAAGAAAGCUAAACAAAAGUUUUUCAAGAGGAACGGUGGAUUGCUUUUGCGACAACGUAUUCCCUUUAGUGAAGAAAGUAGUGGUGGCUCUUUGUUAAAGCUCUUUUUCAAAGAGGAGUUGGAGAAAGCAACAGACAAUUUCAAUGAAAGUCGAAUACUUGGAAAAGGAGGGGCUAGUACUGUCUACAAAGGAAUGUUAUCAGAUGGAAGCAUUUUAGCUGUGAAGAAGUCCAAUAAAAUGGAUGAAGAUCAAAUUGAACAGUUUAUAAAUGAGAUACUUAUUCUCUCCCAGAUAAAUCACAGAUACAUUGUCAAG